GUGCGCUCCUCUCCACUGCCGCUGGCUCUCUUCUCCCCUCUCUCCUCUCCUUGACAGCAGGUGCAUGUGGGCCGAGUGAGCACAUGGAUGCCUGCCAAUGACGACCCUCUUUUACAGGUGGACACCAUGAACUAUGUAGGUCAGCUGGCAGGGCAGGUGCUGGUCACUGUCAAGGAGCUGUACAAGGGUAUAAACCAGGCCACUCUGUCAGGCUGCAUCGACGUUAUUGUGGUGCGGCAGCCCGAUGGGACCUUCCAGUGCUCCCCAUUCCACGUCCGCUUCGGAAAACUGGGGGUGCUGCGCUCCAGGGAGAAAGUGAUCGACAUAGAAAUAAAUGGGGAACCUGUGGAGCUUCACAUGAAACUUGGAGACAAUGGAGAGGCCUUUUUUGUUCAAGAGAUGGAACAGCAAAAUGAGGUUGUCCCGGCCCACCUGGUGACCUCCCCAAUCCCCACAGAAGAGGCUCUGUUGAGGAGCAGAGAGCCCAGAUGUGGAAGCAUGGGGGCAGAGGGCAGUGGGCCUCUUGGUCCUGAAGCCUCCUGUGAAAACCCCCCGUCCUUCUCUAACUCUGUGGGCAAGAAAAAGAAGAGACGCCGGAGGAAGCACAAGGCUGAGCUGCGCAAAGAGGAGACCAGCCCUGCAGUCGAGCUGGAACUGGGAGACCUCAGCUCAGACGAAGAUUGCAACUCACACAAUGGACGGACUUCUUCACUGUCCGUAAUAAAGGAUAAUGUAGAGUACAGGCAGCACACCCCGCUCACUGGGCUUGAAUGGGACAGCUACCCCUUUUCUGAUGGAGAUUGGGUUCCCUGCACUGAGUACGGCAGGGACAUGUCCGAGCCAAUGUCCCCGAAGAGUGACUCGGAGCUCAUGGUGAAGCCCACAGAAAACCUGCUCCGAGCAGACGCGCAUAUGCAGUGGUCCUGGGGGGAGUUUCCGGAGCCCAGCCGAAACAAGAAGGGCGGAAAGCCAGAGCCCAAACCACUGACUAUAACUCCCUCAGAAUACACGCAUUUCCGAGUGAUCCUGAGCUCUGAGGCCAUGGAGGAGGAGACAAGAGGAACUGAGAUGCCCUCAAACAACAUGUGCAAUAUUGUGAAACCAGAGCCUCGGACCGCUAAACCAUGCCAGCUGCAUAAUACUUCAUCAGUGCCUGAGAAUUUCUGUGGCACACCUACAAGCUUAAGUUCAAAAGAGUUUCCUGCUAACUCUGAUAGCCAUUCCAAAACUGUGCGCAAGACACGCUGGACCUCCUCUCCCCCCAGUCGCAAGAACAGCGGAGGCCUGAAUACGACAGGAGACUCUGCUGCUCCCAUAAGCCCUGGCCCAAAGUCCUCCCCUACAGACUCACCAGUAAAGAGGAAAGGAGUGAGAAAACGCAGUCAGCAUCAGGGACCAGAAGACAUCUAUCUGGAUGACUUGAAUAAACUUGAUCCUGAUGUCUUGGCCCUGUAUUUUCCUAAAAGUGAGUCGGAGCAAGUGCCUAAGCACUGGGUGGAGGGGGGCAGACGCUCAGGGUCUCAGUCCCCUCAGUCAGUUGGCAGUGCAGCUGCAGACAGUGGCACUGAAUGUCUGUCUGAUUCAGCUGGAGACCUGCCUGAUGUCACACUAUCCCUCUGCGGUGGCAUUGGGGAGAACUCAGAGAUUUCCAAAGAAAAAUUCAUGGAGCACAUCAUCACCUACAAUGAGUUUGCAGAGAACCCAGCAAUUAUUGACAAUCCAAAUUUGGUGGUUAAAAUUGCAAACAGAUACUAUAAUUGGACACUGGCAGCCCCAUUGAUACUCAGUAUGCAGGCUUUCCAGAAGAACUUGCCAAAGGCUACAGAAGAGGUGUGGGUGAAGGAGAAAAUGCCUAAAAAAUCAGGGCGCUGGUGGUUUUGGAGAAAGAGUAUUGUAAAGCAGUUGUCAACAGAACCCAAAUUAGAAAGGCAAGAGUCGUUGACCAGUGAGAGCCUGGCCCUUCAGCCGGCCCCAGAAACACAAUCCAAAACGACAGAGUGGUCCAGUGAUGAUGAGACUAAAGAGCUCAAUACUGUGGCUCCUGCUUUGACUCCUUCUGAGCGUGUGCAGAGUGAGUCUGUGGCACCAUCCUCAUGUCCCUCCUUUAAGAAGUCGCUCCGCUUGUCCUCUGAACAAAUAAGUGGUUUAAAGCUGAGAGAGGGGCCUAAUGAUGUCUCCUUCAGUAUAACCACCCAGUACCAGGGCACAUGUCGGUGUGAGGGUACCAUCUACCUGUGGAACUGGGACGACAAGGUCAUCAUCUCAGACAUUGAUGGCACAAUCACAAAAUCAGAUGUGUUUGGACACAUCCUUCCCCACCUGGGGAAAGACUGGACUCAUCAGGGCAUUGCUAAACUCUACAACUCAGUGCAUGAGAACGGUUAUAAGUUUUUGUACUGCUCAGCGCGGGCCAUUGGCAUGGCAGACAUGACUCGAGGAUAUUUACAUUGGGUGAAUGAUAGAGGGACUCUCCUGCCUCAAGGGCCCCUCAUGCUCUCCCCGAGCAGCCUUUUCUCUGCCUUCCACAGAGAAGUCAUUGAAAAAAAGCCAGAAAAGUUCAAAAUUGAAUGUCUGACAGACAUUAAGAAUCUGUUUUCCCCAAACACUCAUCCCUUCUACGCAGCUUUUGGAAACAGAGACAAUGAUGUGUUUGCCUACAAGAAAGUGGGUGUGCCUGUGAGCCGGAUCUUUACAGUGAAUCCAAAAGGGGAGUUGAUCCUGGAGCUGGCCAAAGGCAAUAAAACAUCAUACAGUCGCCUGAGUGAGCUGGUGGAGCAUGUAUUCCCUUUAAGAAACACACAACAUAACGCCACCUUCUGCUGCCCAGAGUUCAGCUCCUUCUGCUUCUGGAGGCAGCCCAUUCCCCCAGUGUGCUUUGACGAGUUUGGCUAUUAAACACUGUAGUAUGUACACUGGAUUAUCACACCGGACAGCUGGGAUUGCCUACAGGAUACAGGAAUACAGGAAUACAGUAUCAUUUUUUUUGGAGUGAUAACAUUUUUUUGGGGUUGCAUACAUCCUUAAAGCAGAACUAAUGGUAAUCCCUUGAGCAUAAGUGAAUUUGACAUGUUGCUAUGCAUUUUUGACACAGCCCAACAUAUGCGCAUGCUUAUGCAUGAAGUUAUUAUGCACUUUAGUAAAUAAUGUUAGGUGUUACAUGUUAGUAUCAGCACACACACAUUAAACUAUAGAUUUUUGCAUUUAUAAAGAAGGUAGAAGCUGUAUAUUUUCAGGCCUUAAUUAUUAUGCUGUUCUCAUGAGGUUGAUGCAGUGUUAAGUCUGACAGAUAAAGAGAUACUGCUGCUAUAGUCCCUGUAGGGACACUGGAAAAUAGUUUAAGAAUGUCUUAUAUUUUGUAUUUGCAUUAGAUUUUACCAGUGAUAUGAUUUAUUUUGCUUCAGCCUUUGUCUUAAAGCUAAUUUACUUCACAUUAGUAUAAAAUAUAUUCUUUCUAUGAAAGUGAAAUUUUAUGUGAAGAACUCACAUAUUUUUUUCAAUGAUAAUUUAAAUGGAGAAAAUGCUGCCGCGUUUUGUUAAUCAUAAAGCUCAACAAUGUUGCAGGUCUCUGCAAUCUGCUAAUUGUGACUGCAAUUUUAACAUUAAGAAGUUUAAUUUCAAUAUUAAGAAUCUUAACAUCAGUAUUUUGUCAGUACUUCAUACAAAUAUGUUUACUGGUUAAUAAAAUUGUUUCUGCACUGAUGAGUAAGGGUAUUCUCAAACAAAUUAGAGAAUAACCAACAGUGCUGAACAUUUAUGUAUGUAUAUUAUGUAAGGGUAGUAUGAAGCUGUGCUCAGGGAGAUUUUUACCACUGAGAUGCAUACUGGAUUUGAGGCUGUCUGUAAAGGUGAAAAUAAAUAUUAUAUACCAUGAGA